AUUUAGAGAGCCAGCGGUGUCUGCGGUGUUCAACAUGAACCAUGAGCUCUCAUCUGAACCUCCCAAAAACUUAUAUUACAGUCUGCAAUGUUUACAUAUGACGCAAAAGAUUAAAAAAGAGAGAGCCGGUCUCACAGAGAGAAACACCAUGGCGAUGGAUGGCGAUUGUGGCAAUGCUUAAUUCUUAUGACGGAUGUACAGAACCAUGAUCGAGAGCAUCACGGUGUGAUUUACACUUUGAGGGAUAUAUAAUCGCCAACAACGACGAUGUCGGUUUUCCCCGUUGUUUUGUUUUGUCACUUGCUUUUUUUAACGAAAAUAUACCUCUGUAUGGAAACUGAUUUUUGUGAACCUGUUCGACUUGACCGUGAAAAUGUCCAAAGUCCUGACAAACUGAACAGAGAACUUGUUGUUUACAGAAUAAACGCUUUUAAUCAGGAAUUUUAUCUCAAUCUUCUGCCUGACUCAAGUUUUCUGGCUCCUGACGGCACAUUUCAAUAUGACACUUCAUCUUCAAGUGCUUUUUUAGGACCUGCUCUUAGAAGAUGCUUUUACUCCGGUGAUAUUAAUGCAGACAGGAGUUCAUACGCAGCUGUCAGUCUCUGUGAAGGUGUCCGAGGUGCGUUUUCUUAUAACGGGAUGGAGUACCUCAUAGAGCGAAGGUCGACCAACACAGAUGAUGCUGAGAAAACGCACAUCAUCCGCAGGAGAAGACAUCUUCACGCUCGGAACUCAACAUCUCGGUGCGGAGUUACAUCUGGCUUAAACCCGGGCGCUGUGGAGUCCUUAGAAAAGUACAAGCACGUGAAGGGACAUACGAGGAACUUCAGAGAAACUUUGAGCAGAUCGAAAAGAUUCGCCUCUAUACCGAGAUACGUAGAGGUCCUGGUUGCUGCUGAUGAGUCUAUGGCGAAAUUCCACGGUGACGACCUGAAGCAUUACAUUUUGACUCUCAUGUCUGUCACUGCAAAGCUGUACAAACACCCCAGUAUCUUGAACGCCAUCAGUAUAGUGGUUGUAAAGCUUAUGGUGAUUAAUGAGGCAGAAAAAGGACCCAAAGUAUCCAGUAACGCGGCACUAACCCUGCGCAAUUUCUGCACCUGGCAGAAGAAGCUGAAUAAGAACAACGACAAACACCCAGAGUAUUGGGACACGGCUAUUUUGUUUACAAAGCAGGACCUUUGUGGGGCCACUACGUGUGACACUCUGGGAAUGGCUGAUGUAGGCACCAUGUGUGAUCCCAAGAGGAGCUGCUCAGUUAUUGAAGAUGAUGGUCUCCCCUCUGCCUUCACCACUGCACAUGAACUAGGCCAUGUCUUCAGUAUGCCACAUGACAAUGUAAAGGCUUGUGAAGAGGCAUUUGGAAAGUUGAAGGACAACCAUAUGAUGUCUCCCACACUGAUCCAGAUUGACCACAACAUGCCAUGGUCUGUCUGCAGUGCUGCCAUCAUCACAGACUUCCUGGACGCUGGCCAUGGUGACUGUCUGCUGGACCAGCCCCAAAAGCUCCUGGCUCUUCCAGAGGACCCUCCGGGUGUCAGCUACUCGCUCAGCCGUCAGUGCGAGCUGGCCUUCGGCUCAGGAUCUAAGCCUUGCCCGUAUAUGCAGGCCUGCUCCAAACUGUGGUGCACUGGGAAAGCUAAAGGACAGCUGGUGUGCCAGACUCGCCACUUUCCCUGGGCUGACGGGACGACCUGUGGAAGUAACAAGCUGUGCUACCGGGGGAUUUGUACUGACAAGCAAAAUACUACCAAAGACAAGGUAGAUGGCCGUUGGGGUCGAUGGGGUCUGUAUGGUCCGUGUUCCCGUAUGUGUGGGGGAGGGGUGCAGCUCGCCAAAAGGGACUGUAACAACCCCGUCCCUGAAAACGGGGGCAAGUACUGCCAAGGACUAAGAGUGAAGUAUCGCUCCUGCAACAUCGAGCCUUGCAAAGAUUCAGGAAAGAGCUUUCGUGAGGAGCAGUGUGAGACGUUCAAUGGCUUCAGUCUGAACACUAACAGACUGAGUCCGUCUGUGGUCUGGGUCCCAAAAUACUCUGGAGUCUCUGUUAAGGACAGAUGCAAGCUCAUCUGCCGAGCCAAUGGCACCGGUUACUUCUAUGUCCUCGCGCAGAAGGUGGUGGACGGAACCACUUGUUCCCCUGACACCUCAGCGGUCUGUGUUCAAGGAAAGUGCAUCAAGGCUGGCUGUGAUGGCAAACUGAGCUCCAACAUGAAGUUUGACAAGUGUGGUGUGUGUGGUGGUGACAACCAGAACUGCAAGAAAGUCUCUGGAAUGUUCACAAAACCCAUGAAUGGAUAUAACUUUGUGGUGACUCUACCGGUCGGAGCAGCAAACGUGGACGUAAGGCAGCGUGGUUACCGCGGUUUGAUUAACGAUGACAACUAUUUAGCAGUAAAGAAUGUCCAAGGUAAAUACCUCCUGAAUGGAAACUUCGUGGUUUCAGCGGUAGAAAAAGACAUUAUCGUAAAGGGAGGUUUGCUGCGCUACAGUGGAACCGGCACAUCGGUGGAGACGCUGCAGGUCACUAGACCUCUCAAAGAGUCUCUCACCGUGGAACUGUUGUCGGUGGGUAAAAUGACACCGCCUCGCGUGCGCUACUCCUACUACCUGACUGUGGGAAAUAAACAGGGCAAGAUCUUCAAGAAGGAGGAGAAGAACCCUGCGCAUAACAGCGUGCUGGAAGACAGCAAUAAAGUGGAACUGAAGAAGCCGGCCUAUCAGACGCCGUCUUAUAAGUGGGUAACGGCGGAUUGGAAUAAGUGCUCAGUUACCUGUGGGAACGGGGUCCAAAGUAGAUUGAUACAGUGUUUGGACUCGGAUGGGGAAACAGCCACACACUGUGACGGCACCCAAAGGCCCAGUACUAUGAGGGUGUGUGGUGACCCUUGCCCAACGUGGAGCAUCGGCGAAUGGUCCUCAUGCUCUAAAACCUGCGGGAAAGGCUAUAAGAGACGCCCACUGCGAUGCAUCUCUCAGACUGGGCUGCUUUUACCUAGAGACCAUUGCUCAAGCAAAAGAAAGCCACAGGAACUGGACUUUUGCACCGUUCGGCCCUGCUAGAGACCCAUUAUGUGUGUUCUGGGACCCAUUUUAUGGAGAUAAAACGUGAAAAGCAGUGAUCUUUAAUACUUGUGCGUUCUGUGGUGCCUCACUUUUUGUAAUGGGAAUAUCGUC